CUUGGCAUCCGUGAUAUCAGAUAUUGUAUUUUCUCCCUUCAUAUAUAGAGUUCAAGAACAUGUCCAUGGACUCUACUUAUAUAAGGGGGAAAAGAACUUGAAACCUUUCACCAAGCAUCUCUUCCACGAUGGCACCCUCAAACUCAACGGACAUUCCGCAGUUAUCUGACGAUGAGAUCAAGCUGGUUUACAGCGUUAACGACGAAUACUUGAACGAGCUCAUCGUUCACGUAUUUAUGCACGGAAUACACACCUGCGUGUUACUCGCCACCUUUUGGAGUAUAUGCACCAGCAAAGUUUUGACUUGUGGCGCAGCCCGACAAUUUAUGCUUCUCAUGGUCGUGCUACUGUACAUACUCGCUACGUUGUACAUGGCUUUUCAGUGGUCAUUCACUCGAUACGCAUUCAUUGAUCAAGGCCAGACAUUUUGGUCCAUAUUCGUUGGACUACAGAGAGUAACUGACCGCGCGGUGACUUUCCGACUCGUUGGUGGUAUUACUGGGUGCGUCAGUACUGUCAUUGCCGACUCUUCAAUGAUAUGGCGCUGCUGGACCGUCUGGGGGCGUCGAUGGUGGGUGAUAUUGCUACCUAUAUUAUGUACCAUUGGCGGAACCAUAUUUGACGCUAUAUCUGUUUAUCACGUCGUUGCCGAUACGAAUGACAACCAAAGUGACUCGGGGUCAUCUGCGUAUGCGGUCAGGAUUGACUGGACAACGCUUUCUCUGUCUCUUACCCUCGCCACGACCCUUCUGUGCACCGUGCUUAUCAUCUAUCGAAUUGUUACGGUAGCGGGCGGGAAACAUGGUUCAGGGUUGCGAUCAUAUCGUGGGGUUAUCGAAGUCAUCGUGGAAUCAGCCGCACUUUAUUCGGCAUCUACGGUCGUCUAUAUGGUUUUCGUUGCCCGUAAUGAAUUGACGGGAGCAUAUCCGAACGUGAUCAACGCCUCCAUCAAGGGAAUCGCUCCUACGCUCAUGGUCGGACGCAUUGCUUCUGGCCAUUCACGUCCUGAUGAUACGUGGAAGGAAAGUGUCCUAUCCUCGCUUCAUUUUGGUGCUUGGUCCCGGGCCAUGAAAGACAAACAGGGACAAAUGACAGGUCGCACUGUUACAUUUGGAAACGACAUCGACCCGGAGACUUUCAAGGAGAGCUCUCUAGAGAGGCCACAAACUGGAGAUGAAACCGAAUUUCCGGUUCAAGAACUGCCAUGUUAAUAUGUAUUAUAGCCACAGGCAGGGUGUUGCGUAGAUUUGAUGAAAAAUCGGACGGUGCAACGGAUUCAUAGACUCUGCGGUGAACUCCAUUUUAUAUUUAAUGCUAUGUACAGGAAACUUUAUAAUCACAAUAUUCCUUUUCACAGCUCAAGCUUGUCUAAGAAAGUG